AAAAACACGGAACAAGCCUCACGACUGUCAGAUUCAGAAUGUCAGUGACAAUUCAGCCGGAAUAACAUUGAUUUUUAUUCAUUUAUUUUUAAUACGCCUCGUGAAUCUCACACAGAUUCCGGCAUGUUGCAGAUUGAGGAUGAUUGAGGAAAAUGGUGACAUCAGUGUUACGCUAAAUACCAGUAAUGUACAUGGAGUUGUACAUUUAUAAGUUACUCGCAUACACAAAGAAGACAUGUACGAAAGAUGUACACGGUGAAGUGAAAAAACGACUCGAAUUUUAAAUUUCCGUUUGAUAAGGACAAUAAAUGCAGCCAACUAUGGCAAACAAAUGCAGAUUAUUUUUGGUUAGGUCAGCCCAGCAGAUGUUGAGAUGUGUGUAUAGCAGAAGGUCAGUGCCUUCCAUCAAUCAUAUUUAUUCCUCAAAACCAUUUAUACCUCCAAACUCGUUAGAAUGUGCUUAUAGUAUCUGCAGAAGCUGUUCUACACACUCUUCAGGUCAAAGCAGUUUUUCACAGAGAAGCCACACGUGUGGAGAAUUGUGCUCCAGUCAUAUAGACAAGGAGGUGACUUUAUGUGGCUGGAUUCAGUACUUAAGGCAAGAUCUGUUUGUGAUCUUGAGAGACUUCAGUGGAUUGGUGCAAAUUCUUAUUCCACAAGAUGAGAGCAAAUCUGAACUGAAGAAAUCUUUGCUUGGUCUCACCGUGGAGUCUGUCAUUAUGGUCAAAGGACGAGUCAUCCGUAGACCGGAAGGACAGGAGAAUAAGAACAUAUCCACAGGAGAAAUUGAAGUCUGUGCUGAAAGCAUUGAAGUGUUAAAUACCUCCCGAAAGCUGCCGUUUGAGAUUAAAGAAUUUGUUAAAAAAUCAGAAGCCCUCCGGAUGCAGUACCGUUAUCUUGAUCUGCGGUCAGCUACGAUGCAGUACAAUUUAAGAUUGAGGUCUCAAAUGGUGAUGAAAAUGAGAGAGUACCUUUGUAAUUUGCAUGGAUUUGUUGAUGUGGAAACACCAACGCUGUUUAAAAGAACACCGGGGGGUGCCAAAGAGUUUGUGGUGCCAUCUGGAGACCCUGGGAAGUUCUACUCUCUUCCACAGAGCCCACAGCAGUUCAAACAGCUUCUGAUGGUGGCUGGCAUAGAUCGGUACUUUCAGCUGGCUCGGUGCUACAGGGACGAAGGCUCCAAACCUGACAGACAGCCUGAAUUCACACAGGUAGAUAUUGAGAUGUCCUUUGUGGACCAGGCUGGAGUCAUGAGUUUGAUUGAAGGCUUGGUCCAGUUCUCCUGGCCAGAGGACAAAGGACAGAUUAAUGUCCCCUUUCCCACCCUGACAUAUGAAGAAGCCAUGAGAGACUACGGAGUCGACAAACCAGACACUAGAUUUGGGAUGAAGCUUGUGGAUGUCAGCACAGCAUUCCAGGAAGCACAAAUUGAGUUCAUCAAAGAUGCACUUCUUGAACCAGAGGGCUGCGUUCAGGCCAUCUGUGUCCCAGAAGGAACGAAACAUCUGAAGGGCAAAGACUUUGAGUUUCUGAAACAAGCAGCUAAGACACAGUAUGGUCAGGAGGUGAGCGUGGUUCCAGUAAGGGCAGAUGGUUCACUGAAAUCUCCUCUCAGCCGGCUGCUCUCGGACGCGGCCAAACAACAGCUGCUCCAGAUGGCCCAGGCCAAUCCCGGAGACCUGAUCUUCAUCACGGCUGGACCCCGCAAGAACGUGCGCCCCUUGCUGGGAAAGCUGAGACUGCAGGUCGCUGAGCUGCUUGAGCGUUAUGGUGUUCCAGUUCGAGAUCCAUCUGUCUUUCACUUCUUGUGGGUUGUGGACUUUCCACUCUUCUUACCCAAAGAGGAUGGUCCAGAGGGGCUUGAGUCGGCCCAUCAUCCCUUCACCGCUCCAGUCCCUGAAGACGCACAUCUGCUGUACACCAGACCCCACAUGGUGCGUGGCCAGCAUUACGACUUAGUUCUGAACGGCUGCGAGAUCGGCGGAGGUUCAAUCCGCAUCCACAAUGCCUCUCAGCAGCUGUACAUCCUGGACACCAUUCUCAAGGAAGACCCAUCACUUCUCUCUCAUCUGUUGGAGGCUCUGGACUCCGGGGCCCCUCCUCACGGUGGAAUCGCAUUAGGGCUGGACCGGCUGGUGUCCAUCAUUGUAGGAGCUCCCAGUAUCAGAGAUGUCAUAGCUUUUCCAAAAUCCUUCCGGGGUCACGAUCUAAUGAGUCAGGCUCCAGACUUUGUCCCUGAAAAAGAUCUAAAGCCGUACCAUAUUUCUGUAGUCUGGCCUAAUGCAGAGUCACCGAGCCAACAGGACAACUCAGCAGAUCAGCAGUGAAAUCCAGAGAUGGUGGGUUGUGUGUGUUCCAGUAGGGGGCAACAUUGUUCCACUACAUCUGUUUACUCCUCUUCCCUAUUUUCCACAUGCCCUGCGGUGUGAAGUCAGUCUGCACCAUAUUCUACUUUUUUUCCCCCCCGUUCUUUUCCUCCCCACCACCAGACACACCAAAUAAAGCUACAUUUCAGUUUUUCCUCAGCGAUGCCUUAUCUGUAAAAGCAGAUGCUCAUUUUUCAUGCCCAGGUACAGCUACUCAUUACAGCCAGGGUUGUUUUAAAGCAGACCUGCGCUUUCGGCCGCCAAGCUGUGAACACAGGUCUUUGUAUAUGACAUGCUGUUUUUGCUUGUCGUCUUAUGACUUCUGUAAGUACCCACUCAUCACCUAUUUACAUGACCAUGUUUACUUGAAUGUGCCUGCCUACAUUCGCUAGAUGUUUCCAUUAGUGCUGUAGAGACAAUUGCAGUAUGGGAGCUCAGUUACUUGAUAAUAGAGCUCUUUGUCUAUUGGACUAUUUCUAUUAGACUGUGAUCAAUGAUAAUAGUUUAUAAAAGCAAUCAAUUUCUGCAUACUUUUUUUUGUUGUUGCUGCUAUCUAUCAUGAAAAAAAAUAACAUUCUGUGAUUUACACAAUUUUUAUGUUGUUCCAAACUCGUUUGGUUUUAUUUCUGUCAAACACAAAAGGAGAUUUGUUGUUUUUUUCUUCUUUAGAUGGAUCUUCUUUUGUGUUUCCAUAUAAAAAGGAUAUGGUUAGUCAUGCAUCAGAAUUUCUGAAAGAAAUACUUGCAUAAUAAUGGAUUAAAUUUAUUUGGAGAGUUGAAAUAA